AUGGCUAUGAAGGUGAGAAAAGCCAGGCCAACUCCAAAAUGGAAUCCUCGACCUGGGGAUAUUCAAGCUGGUGACCCUGUUCCUAUACGACAAAAAAGACGAUAUCGCCCAGGUACAACAGCUCUACGUGAGAUCAGGCAAUACCAGGGUACCACAAAGCUUCUGCUCUUAAAGCUGCCAUUUAUGCGCUUGGUACAGGAAAUCGGCAUGAACUGUCGACCAAGAGGCAGAGAAUUCCGUUGGCAGAGUCAGGCUAUUCAAGCGCUACAAGAAGCUGCUGAAGCCUUCAUGGUUCACUUAUUCGAAGACGCCCAGCUAUGUGCCAUUCAUGCGAAAAGGGUAACGAUUAUGCAAAAGGACAUUCAACUUGCUAGACGAAUUCGUGGUAUAUGGGCAGGUUUGGGCUAG